UGAACAGAAGGAGAGGUUGCUUUCAUAGUCUUGAGCACCUUUCUGAGAGAAGGAGUGAGAGAAAGGGGAUGAGGAGAGAUGGAGAGAGAGAAGGAGAGGGCCUUUGCUCGUAAGCGCAGCUUCACGUUCGGAGCCUACGGGGGAGUCGACAAGUUCUUUGCCUGCUCUGGAAUUUCCCGUAAAUCAGAAGACGGUGAACACAGAAUCACAGAUAUUCUAGAUUCCCCAACACAGGGGGUGAGACACCCCCCCAUGCAUCUUGUCUAUCAGAAGACAUCAGAUCUGUUUGAAAUGAUUGAGAAAAUGCAGGGCAGCAGAUUGGACGAGCAGAGAUGUGUGUUCCCGCCCCCUCACAAGGGACCUGCUCAUUUAAUUCCUUAUCCAAGAAUUCAAGAGUUUCUUCAGCAGGGUUUGCCAGUUCCCUUGAUUCUAACUCCUAAGUCUGGAGGCUACUGGAUCGAAGGACCACGCCAACCCCCAGCAGGGGAGGAGUAUCCGGAAAACACCCCUGCUGACUCCCAGGACUUGGUUUCACUCGGGUAUGCUCUGCUGGAAAGAGAUCCAACAGCGACAGUGUACAGGGACAACUUUCUAGGCAAAGAGCAUCAAAAUUUUUAUGCUGUUGACAGUUCUCUGGGUGGCAUGGUGCUGUCAGUUCAACAAGUGAAAUCAGACACCAGAGAUCACCUGCAUCUAAUUCUCAGAACAAGAAAUGCCACUUUGCAUGAUGUCAUUCCAUCAUGUCUUUGUGAAGUUCCAAAUGCUAUUCAGAUGGCCAAGUUACUUUGUGAUGAGAUCUGUGUAGAACAAUUUUACCCAGCCGUGUUUCCGAAGGCCUCUCAACUGAUAGUUGCCUUUGAUGAGCAUCUUCUGAGCAACAACUUCAAAUUCGGGGUAUUGUACCAACGAGAAGGGCAGAUAUCAGAAGAAGAGAUUCUGGGGAACUGCAAUGAAACUCUAGAGUUUUUGGAAUUUCUGUCUCUCUUGGGAGAGACUGUCCCUUUAAAAGGAUUCCCAGGUUUCCGUGGUGGUUUAGACGUAUCUUAUGGACAGACUGGAAGUGAGUCAGUCUUUACUUCCUUCCGAGGGAAGGAGAUCAUGUUUCAUGUGUCUACAAAACUGCCGUUCAUUGAAGGGGACCCCCAACAGCUCCAGAGGAAGCGUCACAUUGGCAAUGACAUUGUCUGUCUGGUGUACCAGGAAGGACAUGUCCCCUUCCUGCCUGAUAUUAUCGCCUCCAACUUCCUGCAUGCUUUCAUCGUGGUGCGAAGAGAGAAAGGGAGAGAGGGGUAUGAGGUGUCAAUCACAGCUAGAGAGGAUGUCCCUUAUUUUGGCCCUGCCCUCCCAGACCCGCCCCUUUUCACAGAGGGCUCGGAGCUUCGGGAAUUCUUAUUGGCUAAACUGAUAAAUGCUGAGGUCACCUGUUACCGGGCAGAAAAAUUCAAGAAACUGGAGGAGCGCACACGUGGAGCUCUGCUGGACCAUCUGUACAGAGAGCUGUCCGCCCACUCCCAGUGCAUGCUGGGAGUAACGUUACCAUCAUCAUCAUCCUCCUCCUCUGAAGGGGCGGGGCUUGAGAACGGGGGGGCCACAGUUGGCGGGGGCUUCUUAGAAAACUUCAAGCGGGCUAUUCGCGUUCGGAGUCAGUCCCUGGAUGUGAGUGGACCUGGAGCCAAGAAAAGUGCAGGGACACCCCAAAAACAGAGAGCGCCUCAACCCAGCGCGGUUCGUGUCACGGUUCCCCCAGAAGAGGAGAGAGAGAGUUCUCUCUUUUGUAUUGACAGUGAACCAGUCAAUCAGGUAACGGGAAACACCCUGGUCCCACCCCUUUCCCAUUUAUCAUUCAAUGACAGCAGUUGUGCCAGCGGGGUCGAAGGUCAUCGGAGGCAAGAGGAGGAAGGAUAGAGAGAGACAGAUAUACAAAGAGGCAAACCGACAGACAUUUAAAAACAAAAGAAUAUUGGCAUUGUAGGUGCAACAUUGUACUUCUGUAAAUUAGCAACUGAAAUGUGUACUUUUUCCUUAAUAUUAUUCCAGCUCUAUUUAUCUUCUUGUGGAUUUUAUUUAAUAAAUGCUCUUUAGUGGUUUUCCAUUACUACACAGCACAGGACAAAAUGAACUGCAGAUAAAAAGUUUUCUUUUAAACUAUGUGUAACAGAUCUCCUCCCAGUGGGUGAUGAGUUAAUAACACAGACCUCAGCAUUGCUCUUUAGUUGAAUGGGAAGGUGUUUAAUGUUUAACCUUGAAGUUAGAGGUUCAUGUCCAGCUCUUUGCCUCUCCAUUCAAUUCAAAGGGCUGAGACACCAAGCCAUUACACCUGCUCCACAGGACUAGCUUUUCUUACUGUAAUAACUAUGUGGACCAGUCCAAGGCCGGUGCUAGGAUUCACUGGGCCCUGGUGCAAGAGUGUAAAGUAGACCCCACAACUCACCCCCCCACCCCACCCCCCCAAAAAAAUAAAAUAAAUCUAAUUGAAGUUUUAUUCCAAAAAUGAGUAUAAAUCAUAUGUAAUUUUUGGGGAAUUCAAAGUCAGUAUAUUUAGCAGCACAGGUUUAUGUUUCAUGAUUUCAACUCUUUGGUACAAA